AUGGCCGAAGAUCAUGUUGAACAAGCAAUUCAACAAGCAGAAUCGGUCGAAGUUGACAACGAUGGUUUGGUCGACAUCGCUCCUUCCUUCCACCCUACAAAAAACGAUGGAUAUGCGUUGAUUGAUAAUGUCUCGACCACCAGUGGAAAGAAGAAGCUUCUGAAUGAGAUGAACCUUUUGUUCCCAGAGGGCAGUGUUUCGGCAAUUCUUGGUCCUUCUGGAGCUGGAAAAUCGACGCUCUUGAACGUCUUGACCAAUUCCUUGUCGUCGAACUCCAAAGCUGUGGCAGACAUUCACUUGCCAGGACACUCAUCAUUUGUUCCACAAGACGACCAGUUGCAUGGUUUCUUCACUGUCAAGUCGUAUAUGAACCAUUAUGCCAAGCUAGCUAGAGUUAAUAUGCCAAGAAAUGAGCUGGAUGCCAAGAUUGACGAGUUGUUGAAGCAACUUGGUCUUACCGAACAAAAGGGUACUCGUGUCGGUGACAUUUUCCUGAAGGGUUUGAGUGGAGGCCAGAAGCGUCGUCUGUCUGUGGCAUUGGAGGCAUUGACCGACCCAAUGAAUCUUUUCUUGGAUGAGCCGACUUCUGGUUUGGACGCCGAAUCUGCUUUGCAGUUGAUGGAGUUUUUGAAAAACUAUGCCCGGGGGGCAUCUGGACGACGUGUAAUCUUGACCAUUCACCAACCUUCCACCUUUAUCUGGCAGCUCAUUGAUAACGUCAUUUUGCUUGCCAAGGGUAAACUUAUGUACGAGGGUUCUCGUGAGAAUAUGGAGGCAUUCUUUGCAAAGUACGAACAUCCAACGCCGCGUGAAUGGAAUCCAGCUGAUCACUAUGUUACCAUGGUGAAUGACGAGUUCAGAGACCACGCCAGAAGUGUCGAUGAAUGGGCGCAGUCCUAUCAAGAUUGGCAAAAGAACCAUCAUUUGGGUGGACCAGAAUCGAGUUCAUUCUUUGCGCCUCCCAAGCGUAGCGGAAAAGAACGCACCACGUCGAUGGUGGCAGCUGCCAACAAGGGCACAGUGGAUACCAAAAGAUCGAAUUCUUUCAUGGCCGUCGGUCCGCUGCUAUAUCGAUACUUCCUCAACUUGUGGUUCAACCCUGGAAUCCUCGGAACCCGUAUUGCCAUGUACUCGAUGCUCGCUUUGAUGGUUGGAGGACUAUUCUGGGAGCUUGGAGACCGCACGGACUACGAGUCCAUUAUCAGUCGGACUGCCGUUCUGUUCUACUGCGUCGCCUUUUUCAUCUUUAUGAGUGUGGCUGUAUUGCCAUUCACUGUCAUGGAACGAGGAAUCGUCGACAAGGAGGUCUUGAAUGGAUACUACCAUCCUAUUGCUUAUCAAGUUGCUCAAGGUCUUUCAACCAUUCCUGCCGCCGGUGUCCUGGCAGGACUGACUUCGGUCAUUAUUGUGUUUAUGCUGAAGCUAAACGACGGGUGGUGGUACUUUUUGAACAUGUUCUUGGCCUUGUGUACUGCCGAGGCGCUCGCGCAGAUGGUGUCACACGUCGUUCCGCACUUUGUGAUUGGAAUGGCUGGUAUUGCUGGAUUAUUUGGAUUCUUUAUGCUUUUCAUGGGUUUCAUGGUCCUUCCAUCUGAUUUCCCCUACGGUUUGGGGUGGACCUACGACGUUGCUUUCCACACGUACUCUUGGCGGUCGUUCAUGGUGACGGAGUUCCAAAACUUGACAUUUGACGAUCCAAGGUCUCCCUUUGCAACCGGGCAUGACGUUUUGAAAUUUUACGAGAUUGAAGAUGUGAACAGAUGGAACGAUAUGAUUGUGCUAGCAUGCUAUGCAAUUGCCAUUCAUUUAAUCAGUUUCGUUGUUUUGACGAUCCGCUAUACAUUCUUCAAGGGCACGAUCUAUUCACUAAACGGGAAGAAGCACGCAGGAUAG